AUGAAAAAGGGCUACUUGGAACGCGUCAAGGAGUGGAUUGCAGCUUGCUUGAAUCCCGAGCUCGAUGCACCAGCGGACCCCGGCGAAGCUGCGUUCCUCAACGCCAAGAAUGUGCAAGGCAAAUCGCUCACCACUGAGACCAUCGGCUUCGCCUGGUACGAGGACGCCGAGCGACACCGCUUGCGAGUGCUCGAGUCGCUCAAGGACGCGGCCGCCGCCUCCAGCUGCCACACGGUCCACGUCUGA